AGAUAAAAAUGGCAGAGGUAAACACCUGGGAUACUGAAUUUGAAUUUGCUUUGGAAAUUGUUAAAAAAGUAGGAGAGAUUAUUAAAAACGCAUUUCUUAGGGAUAAAGUUGUGACAGAAAAGAGUUCUGCAACGGAUUUAGUAACAGAAACAGAUCAAGAGGUUGAAAGAGUGUUGAUAAAAGGGCUAGAGAACAAGUUUCCUAAUUAUAGAUUUAUUGGCGAGGAGAGUGUUGCCGGUGGUUUGAAGUGUGAGUUGACCCAUGACCCCACCUGGGUCAUUGACCCCAUUGAUGGAACUACCAACUUUGUACACUCUAAUCCGCAUAUCUGUACAAUUCUAGCUUUCAUGGUGGAACAGGAGGUAGAGUUUAGUAUAGUUUACAACCCUAUCCUGGAUCAACUGUGGACUGCAAGACGGGGUAAAGGGGCCUUCUAUAACGGUGCUAAGAUCCAGGUUUCGUCUUGCAAGAGCCUUGGUUCAGCCAUCCUCGUUCAGGAAGUAGGUUCCGCUACCCCGGACCGAGUAAAUAUGUUAACAACAAACUCAACAACAUUUAUACCUAGGGUUCGAAGUAUUAGAUCUUAUGGUUCUGCAGGCAUAAAUCUGGUUUAUUUGGCCAUGGGAUCAGUUGAUGCUUAUUUUGAGAUGGGAUUCCAUAUUUGGGAUUACGCUGGGCCAUCACUCAUAGUCAGGGAGGCUGGAGGUGUAGUUCAAGAUGUUUCUGGAUCUAAG